GUGCGAGCGUGAUGUGAAGAUGGCUUACGAAGCCUUGAAGACGAUGAGAUGCUUGACUCGAGCAAUCGUUAUCACACAAGCACACACCAGUCGAUGUGACCUGCCUUGACUGUGAUACUCGCAAGGGCGACAGCACCGAUGGCUGCGAGACAGAGUCUGAUGUCUGCUUGCCUGCUAUCAUCACUGAUGAGUGUGCGAGGCUUGUUGUGGGUGCUGCCAGGUCGAGCACAGGGAUACCUGGGAGAGCAACACGAGGCUGAACGGCUGAGUCAUGGCUGCAACGUUGAACGAAAGCUUAUCGGAUGAAGAUGAUGUUAUGGAGGAACCAUGCCGCUGAGGACAGAGAGAACGGAUUUCCCUCGGUCCUCCGCUCCCUGUAUCUGCUCUGCGUCUGCACGUUCAACCAUUGCCACUAGUGGAGGGAACCCAUAGCGUGAUGCCAAGGGCUUUCUGUCUUGCUUGGCAUACCACCAACAGACAACUGGCUGCAUUCAAUUCUUGGCUUGUCUUGGACUGAAUCCAGUGAAUCAAACAACCAGCAAGUCAAUGCAGCAACUCACCGCUCCUCGAUUGCACUGGCAUCAUGCCUCGCACAUCAUCUCACCUAUGGUAUCGGAGCACGGCCAGUUUGAGCAUCACAGCUUUGAAAACACAUAGUGAAAUCUCCUUGACGCUGCUGACCUCCUUAUGCCCCGCCCCUUUGCUCGAAAUUUCCAAUUCGAUUUGCCAG